AGUGAAUGCAGGGUCCGGGGAGAGCGGAUAUAGUGAAUGCAGGGUCCGGGGAGAGCGGAUAUAGUGAAUGCAGGGUCCGGGGAGAGCGAAUAUAGUGAAUGCAGGGUCCAGGGAGACCGGAUAUAGUGAAUGCAGGGGGGAGACCGGAUAUAGUGAAUGCAGGGUCCGGGGAGACCGGAUAUAGUGAAUGCAGGGUCCGGGGAGACCAGAUAUAGUGAAUGCAGGGGUCCGGGGAGACCGGAUAUAGUGAAUGCAGGGUCCGGGGAGACGGAUAUAGUGAAUGCAGGGUCCGGGGAGACCAGAUAUUGUGAAUGCAGGGUCCGGGGAGACCGGAUAUAGUGAAUGCGGGGUCCGGGGAGACGGAUAUAGUAAAUGCGGGGUCCGGGGA